AUGUCGGAAGAACGUCUUUGGAAGUUUCGAAAGCCGGAAUGGAUGAAUAGUAGUAUGGCUAGAAGUGCGGGGGUUUAUGCCGCGGGCGCGCUGUUCUCCCUCUCCUUCUUCACCCUCCUCGACGCAGCCGUCUUCUCCCACUCGGCCCUCAACGGCAGCGACGUCCACAUAACCUUCAUCGACUGGCUCCCCCUCAUCUUCUCCUCCCUCGGCAUGCUCAUCAUCAACUCGAUCGAGAAAACGCGUCUCUCCGCCGAUUCCUUCUCCUACUCCGGCUCCGGCGUCGCUUGGAAAGCGCGCGUGGUGCUGUUCCUAGGCUUUGCGUCCCUGGCUGGGGGAAUGGCUGGCGGUGUUACGGUGCUAGUGCUGAAGUAUGUGGUUACGGAGACGGUGUGGCCGACGCUGUAUAUGGGCGUGGCUAAUGUGUUGGCGAAUGGGUUGGUUAUGUUGAGUUCGGUUGUGCUGUGGAUUAGCCAGAAUAUGGAGGAUGAGUAUGCUUAUAAUUUGGCUCUAUGA